AUGAGGAGCUCCAUGGCUCUGCUGGCGGCCGCGGCGGCGCUGCUGCUGCUGGUGUCGCUGGCGGCGGCGGCGGACAUGUCGAUCGUGUCGUACGGGGAGCGGAGCGAGGAGGAGGUGCGGCGGAUGUACGCCGAGUGGAUGUCCGAGCACCGCAGGACGUACAACGCCAUCGGCGAGGAGGAGCGCCGCUUCGAGGUGUUCCGGGACAACCUCCGCUACAUCGACCAGCACAACGCCGCCGCCGACGCCGGGCUCCACUCCUUCCGCCUCGGCCUCAACCGCUUCGCCGACCUCACCAACGAGGAGUACCGCAGCACCUACCUCGGCGCCCGGACCAAGCCGGACCGGGAGCGGAAGCUCAGCGCCAGGUACCAGGCCGACGACAACGAGGAGCUGCCGGAGACCGUCGACUGGAGGAAGAAGGGGGCCGUUGCUGCCAUCAAGGACCAGGGCGGCUGUGUAAAAUUUGUCUUCUUUCAUAUUAUCGGUAGAUACCAUCUGUUUCAAGUGAAGAUUCUUGCGACUGGAAGCUGCUGGGCUUUCUCAGCAAUAGCAGCUGUUGAAGGCAUCAACCAGAUUGUUACAGGCGACAUGAUCCCUCUGUCCGAGCAAGAGCUUGUUGACUGUGACACUUCAUACAACGAGGGAUGCAAUGGAGGUCUGAUGGACUAUGCGUUUGAGUUCAUCAUUAACAAUGGUGGUAUCGACUCUGAGGAGGACUACCCCUACAAGGAGAGGGACAACCGUUGCGAUGCUAACAAGAAAAAUGCGAAGGUUGUUACCAUUGAUGGGUACGAGGAUGUGCCCGUGAACAGUGAGAAGAGUCUGCAGAAGGCAGUUGCAAACCAGCCCAUCAGUGUUGCGAUUGAGGCUGGUGGCAGGGCAUUCCAGCUCUACAAAUCGGGUAUCUUCACCGGAACCUGUGGAACAGCACUUGACCAUGGUGUCGCCGCCGUUGGUUAUGGUACAGAGAACGGCAAGGACUACUGGCUCGUCAGGAACUCCUGGGGUACCGUCUGGGGAGAGGAUGGUUACAUCCGGAUGGAGCGUAACAUCAAGGCAUCCAGUGGCAAAUGUGGUAUUGCCGUCGAGCCUUCCUACCCGACGAAGACGGGCGAGAACCCUCCUAACCCCGGCCCAACCCCGCCGUCUCCCGCCCCACCGUCUUCGGUCUGUGACAGCUACAACGAGUGCCCCGCCAGCACGACCUGCUGCUGCAUCUACGAGUACGGCAAGGAGUGCUUCGCCUGGGGCUGUUGCCCACUUGAGGGUGCUACCUGCUGCGAUGAUCACUACAGCUGCUGCCCUCAUAACUAUCCCAUCUGCAACACCCAGCAGGGAACCUGCCUCGCGGCCAAGGACAGCCCACUGUCAGUGAAGGCUCAGAGGCGUACCCUGGCCAAGCCUAUCGGUGCUUUCUCUGGCAUUGCAACUGACGGCAAGAAGAGCAGCGCGUAA